CGGCGCGUGCCCGCCCCGCCCUCCGGCAGCUGGUGCUCGCGCACGAGCAACUGAUAUCUCAGCGCGAGCCGGCAGCAUUCGAAGAGUCUCUUCUCUGCCACUCACCCCGUUUGGAAGCCCGCCCUCCUUCUCGCACCGCGCGCGCCCUUCUCCUGGCAAUGGAGCGGCCUGGGACUCAGAGCAAGAAAGUCAAGCUGAGCAACGCGGUGCAAAGCUGGGGAAUGCAGAGAGCUACCAAUGUCACUUAUCAAGCCCAUCAUGUCAGCAGGAACAAGAGAGGCCAAGUGGUGGGGACGAGAGGUGGCUUUCGCGGCUGUACAGUGUGGUUAACAGGGCUGUCUGGGGCUGGAAAGACCACAGUUAGCAUGGCACUGGAGGAGUAUUUAGUGUGCCAUGAUAUUCCAUGCUACACAUUGGAUGGUGACAAUAUUCGCCAAGGCCUUAAUAAGAAUCUGGGCUUCAGUCCGGAAGACAGGGAAGAAAAUGUCCGACGUAUUGCUGAGGUUGCUAAGUUGUUUGCAGAUGCUGGUCUGGUGUGCAUCACUAGUUUUAUCUCUCCUUAUACGCAGGAUCGGAGCAAUGCCAGGCAGAUUCAUGAAGGUGCAAAUUUGCCUUUUUUUGAAGUAUUUGUGGAUGCUCCACUGCAUGUCUGUGAAAAGAGAGAUGUCAAAGGACUCUACAAAAAAGCUCGGGCUGGAGAAAUUAAAGGUUUUACUGGCAUUGACUCCGAGUAUGAAAAGCCUGAGGCGCCAGAACUAGUGCUGAAAACUGAUUCCUGUGGUGUGAAUGAUUGCAUUCAACAAGUAGUGGAACUUCUUCAAGAAAGGGUGGAUAUGCAAUGGGUACAAGUACUGGCAGAGGGUUGGGCAACACCACUUAAUGGCUUUAUGAGAGAGAGAGAAUACUUGCAGUGCCUUCAUUUUGACUGUCUUCUGGAUGGAGGAGUGAUUAACCUGUCCGUACCUAUAGUGCUGACAGCUAGCCAGGAAGAUAAAGAGAGACUGGAUGGAUGUACAGCUCUUGCAUUGGUGUAUGAGGGGCGUCGUGUGGCCAUUCUUCGUAACCCAGAGUUUUAUGAACACAGGAAAGAGGAACGCUGCGCCAGACAGUGGGGAACAAUAUGCAAGGAACAUCCCUAUAUCAAGAUGGUGAUGGAGCAAGGGGACUGGCUUAUUGGUGGAGAUCUACAAGUCCUUGACCGUAUUUAUUGGAAUGAUGGUCUUGAUCAAUACCGUCUCACUCCUGCUGAGCUAAAGCAGAAGUUCAAAGAAAUGAAUGCUGAUGCUGUCUUUGCAUUCCAGUUGCGCAACCCAGUGCACAAUGGCCAUGCUCUGUUAAUGCAGGAUACCCAUAAGCAACUUCUAGAACGGGGCUACCGGCGUCCAGUUCUGCUCUUGCAUCCACUUGGUGGAUGGACAAAAGAUGAUGAUGUUCCUCUGAUGUGGCGUAUGAAGCAACAUGCGGCAGUACUGGAGGAAGGAAUAUUGAAUCCAGAAACAACAGUGGUGGCCAUAUUUCCAUCUCCCAUGAUGUAUGCUGGACCAACAGAGGUUCAGUGGCAUUGCAGGUCACGGAUGGUAGCAGGCGCUAACUUCUACAUUGUGGGACGGGAUCCAGCAGGCAUGCCACACCCUGAGACCGGAAAGGAUCUCUAUGAACCAACCCAUGGUGCAAAAGUGCUGACUAUGGCUCCAGGCCUCAAAACAUUGGAAAUUGUACCCUUCAGAGUUGCAGCAUACAAUAAGAAAAAGAAGGGCAUGGAUUAUUAUGACUCUGAACACCAUGAAGACUUUGAGUUUAUAUCAGGAACCCGCAUGCGCAAGUUGGCUCGGGAAGGACAAAACCCUCCUGAAGGUUUCAUGGCUCCCAAAGCCUGGACUGUGCUGACAGAGUACUACAAAUCCUUGGAGAAGGCUUAGGCCUCUUAUUAACUGCAGAUCAAUCUUUGACGCUUGAUUUAUUACCAAGAAGGGGACCACACAGUCACCGUUCAUGCUGCUUUGUUGUGGUGUCUGUCAGGAAGUUCUUCCCUGGAAACAGACUCUUUCUCCCGAACUUAGCAUCAUUCGUUGCUUGUCUUAUGGGUUCUAUUAUGUAUUGGCACCUAACAAACUGCUGGUUUUAAUGUCUUCUUUUAUUACAGUCAAACUCUUGCAGUAGGAUUUUUAACUCUUCUCUUUUUUAUAUUAUUUUUAUGCCUCUGUCCUAUGAACUCUGCAACUGUUAUAUUGAUGCAAAAACAUUUUCAUACACUAUUUAAGCAGUCUAGUAGAUUUUGAUUUCAUUGUUUGCAGGAUACAUGUAAUGAUUAGAACUAUGGAAGUAAAUGAAAUAUUUUAAAACUAAACUCAAUACUUUUUCUGUCAACUAGUGAUCACAGAAGCAUUGUAACUUUAAGCUCUUGUUAUAUGUAAUCUCAGAAAACUUCUUUAUGCAGCUCAAUUAAACUUUUUUGCUUUCUGUAUUACA